GAAGACGUGCACAGUUGGGACGGGGACGAGCGGAAGUCGCGUUUGUUGUUCUUCCUCCUGUUUCCGAGACGUUCAGGGUCUAAACGGGUUCACCAGCCGCGUCUGCAUGUCUCUCCCGAUUCCCCCCAUAACCCGUCAUCUACCGCCCCCGAAUGAAGAUUAACAGGUAUGCCAAAGGAAAAAUAUGAUCCUCCAGAUCCCCGCAGAUGUUACACCAUCAUGUCAGCCGAGGAGGUGGCCAGCGGGAAGAAGUCUCACUGGGCCGAGCUCGAGAUCUCUGGGCGGGUGAGGAGUCUGAGCAGCUCGCUGUGGACGCUCACCCAUCUGACGGCGCUGCACAUCAACGACAACAACCUGACCCGCAUCCCGCCGGACAUCGCCAAGCUGCCCAACCUGGUCUACCUGAACCUGUCGUCCAAUAAGCUCCGCAGUCUGCCCGCCGAACUGGGCAACAUGGUCUCUCUCAGGGAAUUGCUUUUAAACAACAAUCUUUUACGAGUUCUGCCUUAUGAACUUGGGAGACUUUUCCAGUUACAAACCCUGGGGCUAAAAGGAAACCCUCUGUCCCAGGACAUCCUCAACCUGUACCAGGAACCAGACGGAACCAGAAAGCUUUUGAACUACAUGCUCGACAAUCUGGCAGUGCAUCCGGAGCAGCUUCCCCAAAGACCGUGGAUCACUCUGAAAGAACGAGACCAAAUGAUUCCCACAGCCGUCUUCACCGUCAUGUGCUACAACGUACUGUGCGAUAAAUACGCCACGCGACAGCUGUACGGUUACUGUCCGUCCUGGGCUCUGAACUGGGAGUACAGGAAGAAGGGCAUCAUGGAGGAGAUCACCAACUGUGACGCCGACAUCAUCAGCCUGCAGGAGGUGGAGACGGAGCAGUACUACACUUUGUUUUUGGAAACACUAAAAGAGCGCGGCUACGACGGCUACUUCUGUCCCAAGUCUCGUGCCAAACUGGUGUCGGAACAGGAGAGGAAACACGUGGACGGCUGUGCGGUGUUCUUCAAGACCGAGAAGUUCACGUUGGUCCAAAAACACACCGUGGAGUUUAACCAGGUGGCCAUGGCCAACUCCGAGGGGUCAGAGGUCAUGCUGAACAGAGUGAUGACCAAAGACAACAUCGGGGUCGCCGUUCUCCUCGAGGUCAACAAGGACAUGUUCUCUGGUGGCAUGAAGCCGCCGCAGGAGAGGCAGCUGAUCCUGGUGGCCAACGCCCACAUGCACUGGGACCCCGAGUACUCGGACGUCAAGCUCAUCCAGACCAUGAUGUUCCUGUCUGAGCUCAAGAGCAUCGCCGAGAGGGCCUCGGGCUCCGUGGCGACCGGCUCGCCCACCUCCGACCCGUCCUCCAUCCCCAUCGUCCUGUGCGCUGACCUCAACUCGCUGCCCGACUCCGGUGUGGUGGAAUACCUGAGCAACGGAGGCGUGGCCGAAAACCACAAGGACUUCAAAGAGCUGCGCUACAAUGAAUGUUUGACCAACUUCAGCUGCAACGGCAAGAACGGCAACUCAGACGGAAGCAUCACCCACAGCUUCCAGCUGAAGAGCGCCUACGACAGCAAUCUGAUGCCUUACACCAACUACACAUACGACUUCAAGGGCGUAAUCGACUACAUCUUCUUCUCCAAGACCCACAUGAGCGUCCUGGGGCUGCUGGGACCGCUGGACAGCCAGUGGCUCGUCGACAACACCAUCACGGGCUGCCCCCACCCCCACAUCCCCUCGGACCACUUCUCCCUGCUGGCCCAGCUGGAGCUGCACCCGCCCCUGCCCCACCCGCUCGCCCCCCUCAACGGGCUGCACCUGCCGGUCCACAGGUAGUGAGUGCAGCCCGGCAGAGCCCCGCCCACCACCGCUAACCCCCCUCCCCCCCCUGCAGCUUUAUACACAGGACCCUGUACAGUUUACCAUGCUCCGACUCAGACACCAUCCAACCCUCACCUUCAUAAAGGAGUGAAGUAUUCGCCCGGUGUUGCUCCUUUUUGUGUUUUUGCACACUGUAAAUGUUUGUUUGUUUUUUUUUCCUUUUUUCCCCCCUCUUUCACCCUUCUGAAAAUGCUUGAUACCAAAUGUUGGACUUGGGAUGAAGUUGCUAUGGUAACCCCAACGUCAGUACCUUCCAGUGCUUCUCCUCCUAUAACUAAAUGCCUAAUACAAUCAGUGUCUUAGCAGGCGUUUCUACACAGAUGCAUCACCUUUGUGGGCUUCAAAUCAUCUUUAUAAAAACCAACACAGUCAUAUCGUAAUAACUCUAAAUCACAACACAGACGUUGUGUAAAAGGCAAAUAACUGACACUGACAGGUGUUUUUUAAUAAAAGGAGUCACACUACAAACAGCUGAACUGCACCAAUGAAUGUCAUACGAUGGAAUGAAAGGCUUGUUUAUGUCAUGUAAGCCAGGUCUUUAUUAUAUUUCAUACAAAACACUUUAUUUUUUUGUAUCUAAGAGAAAUCCGACAUGUUUUAAUGAUGUUAAAACACUGAUGCAGCCUCACAUUAAGGUAACUGACUCUAAAUUUGCACAUUUGAUACAGAAAAUGCUCUCACAGCUGCAGGAUUUUCUCACUUUGAGUGCUGGUUUGGCUUUUUCACAUUUUAAAACUACCUUUUCACAGGAUUAUCCUUCAAUAAGCCUAAAAGACUUAAUUUGAAGUCAUGCUACUACACUUAUAAAGUACGAAAGUGUUAUCUUUACAAUCCUGAACCUGAAAGACCCCUGAAACCAUAAUGACUACAUUUACAUGUGUCGUGUAUUCAGCAUAUUCCCUUUUAAAUAUUCUGAUUUAGGCUUUUUUCAAGCAAUUCAAGCCUUUUGGAGCUUGAUUUGCUUGUAUUAUUGUUGUUUUGUGGGGUAUUUUUGGACAGAGACAAAGAUCCUCUCUGGUAAAGAUGGACACUCCACAGAAAAAUCCACAUUUCAAACAGGUUUUUGGAUAUCAGCAAAUGUCAGAAACCUUUUCCAGAGCACUUAAAACUUUAGUCUUUUUCAGAAUGAAGGUGAAAACUGAAUACGCUGUUCAUGUAAAUGUAGUUGCACUCACGUCGAUGAACUAUUGUCACUUUUUUAGAACUACAGGUCUUGGUUUCCCUCUUUUUAUAUCACAUGGCUUCACAUUUGCAAACAUUACGAUGAGUAUUUUGCACUCAAGGAUUGUAAUUUGCAGCGUUAGAGGGUAAUAAAACAAUCAACUGAGGCUGAAAAUCCAAAAUUUUUUUUCUGUUAAACUUGCUUCCUUUUACAAAAUCUAAUUUUUUCCCUUAUAUAAAAGACCCUUUAGCACUUUUCCCUGCUUGCCAAAGACUUGUCCCCACUUGUGUUCUGCUGAAAACAAAAUGACGAAAGCAUUGAGAACAAAUCCUGGAGUCUCUUCUCCAGAUGCUGGCUAUAAAAUUGGUCGUCAGAGCCUUAUAAUGGCAGAUUCUUGUUGUACAUUUGUGUCAGACGAUUCAGAAUAAUAGCCCUUUAUGUAAGUUGGAACUCAGGGCUAUACUAUGCAAUCAGUAGAACCUCGUCAUACGAGGAAAAAACAAACAGUGUAAAAACAACACUGUAGAAGCACAGGACUUGGAUCAUGUAUGUACAUGUAUGUUGUGUAAAUUCCACAUUAUGCUGCUAAGUAUUUGGAAACACAUUGUCCAGUUUUUGAGCCGAUUAGCUGAACUUGUAAAGUCAAAUGUAAAUCGGGGCUGGGUAUCGUAGUGUCAGAGUUUCAACAGUGAAAACAGACAGGGUUUUCUAUAGAAGGCUGCACCACUUACCUCAGUCUGCAGAUGUUUUCACAUCUUCAUUGCUGCAGAUUUUUUCCGUUCCUGUGAA